CCGUUUAGAUGGAUACGAAUAUGGAAAGCCAAUUACAAUCGGAAAUAACGUUUGGAUUGGUGGUGGCGCAAUUAUUAAUGCGAAUGUGACGAUUGGCGACAAUUCGGUUAUUGGAUCGGGUUCAGUAGUGACUAAAAAUAUUCCAGAGAAUGUUGUUGCUGUUGGAAUUCCUUGUAAAGUGAUUAAAAAAUUGGAACCUCCUACAAGGAAAAGUGCAGCAACAGGUAUCUAUGCUGUAAACACAUCUGAAAACGAUGUUUAA